ACUCACAUUCUUCACCACUCAAUUGCAGCGCCCACUGCCCAACAAUUUUCGAUCACAUAUGUAAGCAAAAUUUGGUCCGACAAAUAGAAAGGUGUACACCUCAAUGAAGAAUCAAAAGUCAGUCUUAUAUAUGUUGUAAUCAAGGAACCCAACAGUGGCUCUCGCAGAAGGGUUACUCUCCAACUCACUUGAAAUAGUCUGUUGCAAUUCAUCAUUACAUAGCACAAUGGCAGCACAAGACCAGCCAAAGUGGGAAGGAAAGGCUUCUGCAAAGCUAAAAGUCACUAAGCCAGAACAAGUGUGGCCGUUUUUAGAAGAUCUCUUCGGCUUAAACAAGUGGUUUCCAACUCUCACCACUUGUGUUCCAGUUGAGGGCAUUUCCGGGCAACCAGGGUGUGUUCGUUAUUGUGCUGGUUUUAGAACACCAGUUGAUAACACGAAUCGACGUGCUGAUCAAGAGGUAUCGAACUGGACCAAGCAAAAACUGUUGUCCAUUGACUCAAAAGAAAUGGUGUUUAGCUAUUCUAUCAUUGAUGGGAAUGUUGGGUUCAAUGCCUAUGUAUCAACUGUAAAAGUUGUACCAAACGAAGAUGGUUGUGAGAUUGAGUGGAGGUACGAAGUUGAGCCUGUCAAGGACUGGAAAUUAGAAGAUUUGGAUUUCUUUAUCAGCUCAGGUUUGCAAGUAAUGGCCAAGAGAAUGGUAGAAGCUCUCCAAGCAUAAGUGCACUGUACCCCUAUCCAUUUAUGUUCCUGUUCUUCUACAGUUAUAUAGUUGUCGGUAACGUGGAAUAAUAUUAAAAUGUAAACGUAAUUAAAUGUCAUUACCUGCUGUUUAUUGGUAUUGCUUUGGAUUGCUUUUGAUGCUAUUACAGUGUUAUUUAUAAAUAAAUAAGCUGGCCUAGUAGUAUUACUGAGUA